AUGAUGGUGCCGCCGCCUCUGCAGCCUCAGCAGAUGACGGUGCCGCCGCCGCUGCAGCCUCAGCAGAUGACGGUGCCGCCGCCGCUGCAGCCUCAGCAGAUGACGGUGCCGCCGCCGCUGCAGCCUCAGCAGAUCAUGAUGCCGCCGCCUCUACAGCCUCAGCAGAUCAUGAUGCCGCCGCCUCUUCAGCCUCAGCAGAUCAUGAUGCCGCCGCCUCUGCAGCCUCAGCAGAUCAUGAUGCCUCCUCCGCCGCAGCCGAGGCCGUGGACCAAGGCGGAGGACAAGGUGUUCGAGACCGCGCUGGUGCACGUCCCGGAGAACGUGCCGAGCCGGUGGAUCUACGUGGCGGCGCAGCUGCCGGGGCGCACGGCGCAGGAGGCCUGGGAGCACUACCAGGCGCUCGUGGCCGACGUCGAACUCAUCGAGCUCGGCCUGGUCGAGACCCCCGCGUCCUGGGACGAGGAGGAAGCGGCCGGCGGCGGGGGGGCUGGCGGCGCAAGCGGAAGCGGACUAGGGCGAUUCCGCGGACGCGGCGGGAGCAGCGACGAGCGCCGCAGAGGCGUGCCCUGGACCGAGGAGGAGCACAGGUACGCGCCGUCAAAUUCUCAACUCCCUGUUGGUUUUUCGUUCUUGUCCUUUUCACCUGGUCUUCUUCGGUCCGUCCUUCGAGGUCCAAGAUACUUCGCCUGAUCUUUCCACGUCAAAUCUCUAGAUCCCCAUGGCCCACCCUGCCAUGUCCGAGAUCUACUGUACCAACCAUGCGAUCUAGGUUAACCGACCAUUUCUUCUUCUUCGUUUUCGUUUCGUUUGGGCAGGCUGUUCCUGGAGGGGCUGGAGAGGUACGGGCGCGGCGACUGGAGGAACAUCUCGCGGUGGUCGGUGAAGACGAGGACGCCGACGCAGGUGGCCAGCCACGCCCAGAAGUACUUCAUCCGCCAGGCCAGCGCCGCCAGCCGCGGCGACACCAAGCGCAAGAGCAUCCACGACAUCACCUCCCCGUGAUCCGUCGUGGGCAAUAUCAAGAAUCCGGUCCGGCCGGAGCUGAGCUGAAACCCGCCGCUGUCCCCCCCGUCGAUGCAGGGGAAAAGCUUGCUAGCUUGGCUGGAUCCUGCGAUUCGGAAAAUCUAUAGCUGUAAUGUCGAAUAAUCGUGUCCCUUGUCGUGUGUGACAUGUUAAGGAAGAAACAUAGGCUGGAAAUGAUUACAGCAUUAUUAUCCACCGCGUAGUUUUACUCCUUUCCUUAUUUAGAUCGAGUCCAUGACAGUGGUAUGGCUUUUUCACACCCCAUUCUCAUCCUGCCGUCAAAUAUAUU